UAGUUCGGAAGAAAGUUACUGUAACUACCCAACCUUGUAAAUUUUCGAUUAUGUAGUAGACGAUAUUAUAUCGAUUAUCGAUAUGCGAAUGUCGUGUUAUUUGUUAUGGAAAAGUGGACAGCGGUGUUUAAAUAUAAAUUUGCAACAACAAUGCACUCGUUUAAUGUCAACAACAAAACAAUCGCCGAGCGAAUAUUGUUUGAAUUUAGUCAAAAAACAUGACUACGAAGGUUUUCUGUGCAAUCUACUUUUGAAAAAUGAAAUAAGAUCGGCUGCUUUUGCGAUUCGUGCUUUUAAUGUUGAAAUAGCGACUGUUGAGGAUCAUGUGCAAGACAAAAGAAAUGGUUUAAUGAGACUGAAAUUUUGGGACGAUACAAUAAACAAUAUUUACAAUGAUUUACCGCCUAAAACGCCAACAGCUUUAGAAUUACACAGAAUUUUAAAGCAACACAAAUUAUCGAAACAUUAUUUUAAACGUCUCAUUGAUGCGAGAUAUGCAAAAUUAGAAAAUUCACGAUUUAAUGAUUUAUCGACAAUGGAGAAAUAUGCGGAGAAUGCAUUUUCAUCGAUUUUGUAUUUAUUGCUCGAAGCAAAUGGUACAAAAGAUUUAAAUUGUGAUCAUUUCGCGAGUCAUUUGGGUAAAGCUUGUGGAAUUGUCACAUUAAUACGAGCAAUUCCAUAUUAUUCGCAAAAAAAUAUUAUCAUGUUACCAAUGGAUUUAAUUGAAGAAAAUAAGGUUUCUGUGAAAUCAAUUUUUCGCUGUGAAUCCAGUCGAGAAUUAAAGGAAAUACUUUUUCAAGUCUCUUCGUGCGCAAAUUCACAUUUGCAAAAGGCUCGAUCACUGAAAGAUAAAGUGCCGAAAGAGAUUUAUCCAAUUUUCCUGCCUUUCCUGAUAGCAGAAGAUUAUUUGGAAAAAUUGAGGCAACACGAUUUCAAUAUUUUUGAUCCAAAAUUGCAGAGAAAGGACAAUUUACUUCCGGCAAAAUUGUAUUUGCGGAAAAUGUUAAAUAGAUUAUUCUAAAUUAUAUACAAGAAAGAAAACACACAAAGAACACACACAUUCAUGUUCAAUAAACAGAAUUUUCGUAAGAAA